ACUUCACUUCACACACAGGCGCUUUGUGAAAAUAACCAAUCUGCGACGAGUCUUCAACCGACCAGCAACACCUGGAUCUGGCUGUUGGAGGUGUGGCAGGUGUGGCAGGUGUGGCAGUUGGUGAUAAGACAUGAUGAACUGGACAGGCGGACAUAGUGUGAAGCAGAGAUGAGUCAACCUGCACUCACUCGUGUCCUCUUUGUGUUAGGACUCAUCCAGAAAGGUCUAACAUCUGUAAUCCAGUCUGUGGAGACUGUGGAGGAGGCAGUGGGAGAAGAUGCUCUCCUCAGCUGUCAGAUCCUACAGUCUGAAAAUGUGGUGCAUGUCACAUGGCAGAAACAGACACUGGAUGGGAGGACCAAUCUCGCCACCUCCAACAAUAUCUUUGGCUCCACGGUGAUCUCAGACUUCAGAGGCAAAGUGGAGGUCAUAGGUCGUGGACUGCACAACAGCUCCAUAGUGAUCAAGAAUGUGACGGAGGAGGAUGAAGGCUGCUACCUCUGCCUCUUCAUCACCAACCCUGCUGGAGCGCUCACUGGCAGAACCUGCAUCAGGGUCUAUGAGCUGCAUGAACCCGUUCUACACGUGAGGGAAUCAAAGACAACUGACGAGUUCGUGGUUUCCUGCUCCGCCACAGGACGACCUGCUCCAACUGUAACGCUCAACAUCACACAGCAAGACUUCGACUUCUCACAGAACAAAACUGCUGUGUUGAUCAACACAGACGGUACAUUCACUGUUACUGCCACAGCCGUGUUGGCAGGUUUCCAUGACGCUGGCACACGGGUUGGAUGUGCCGUGCAGGUGCUCUCCCGUCGUAAAGAGGCGUUUGUGGCGAUUCCUGACGUGAAAGUGACGCCUACCAAUGGUUUGAAUGAGGGAUCUGGAUCUGCUAGCAGACGCUUCUUCGGGACGUGGAUUGGGGAGUGA